AUGCGCCCCCCAUUAAUUUCUGCAAAUGAAGAACCAUUUGAACAGCAUUAUGAAAUUGAAGAGGAAGUUGGAAGUGGACAAUUUGCAACUGUUAGGAGGGUUAGAAAUAGAGCUACUGGAGAAAGAUUUGCAGCAAAAUUUAUUAGAAAGCGUCGUUACCCAACAUCCCGUCGGGGUGUCUUAAAAUCCCAUAUUCAAAGAGAAGUAGAUAUUUUACAAACUGUUGCUGGACAUGAUUCAAUAAUUCAAUUAAUUGAUUUAUUCGAGAAUGGACAUGAAAUGAUUUUAGUUUUGGAAUUGAUUUGUGGAGGAGAAUUAUUUGAUUAUGUUUAUACAAACGAAUAUUUAACAGAAAAUGAAGCUGCACAAUUUAUUUAUCAAAUAUUGAGGGCUAUUAAGCAUUUACAUAAAUUACAAAUAGCCCAUUUAGACAUUAAACCUGAAAAUAUUUUAUUGAAAGAAAGUGGGAAAGCAAAGAUUAAAUUAAUUGAUUUUGGGUUAUCUAGACAAUUACCCCCAAAAAGUUGUAUUAGAGAAAUGGUGGGGACGCCUGAAUUUGUUGCACCAGAAAUAAUUAAUUCUGAGCCACUUCAAUUAGCAACAGAUAUUUGGGCAAUUGGUGUUGUUACUUUUAUUCUUUUAAGCGGAGCAUCCCCAUUUUUGGGCAAAACUCGAGAAAAAACAUUUGCAAAUAUUUCUGCUGUUAAUUACAAAUUCCCUGAACAUUUAUGCUCAAAUUUUAGUUUAAUAGUUAAAGAUUUUAUUGGGAGAAUGUUGGUUAGAGAUGUAAAUAAGAGAGCAACAAUUGAUGAUUGUUUAGAACAUGAAUGGAUUAAAAUGCACAUAUCACCAUCACAAUCCCAACAACAACAAAUUCCUUCUCAACUUUCUUCAAAUAAAUCUUUAAUUCUUUAUCUUGAUGAUUAUGACUUGGAAAAUAUAAAAAUAGAUUAUAAAAAAUAUAAAAAUAUAAUAUCCCCAAUAAUUAGUCAAUCAAGGAAAAGAUGGAAGAAGGCUUAUAAAGCUGUUCGUUGGUGUUGUUAUUUUUUGAAUGGAAUUGGCGAUAGAGAGCAGUCUAGAUAUUUUAAAGAGGUAAUUAAUUUAAUUUAA